CCUCACAAUCACAGACUUGCCUUCAUCUAUGUCAAUCAGCUGUUUGUGUUUAUGACUGAUUUGUUUUCAUUUUUUGGUGCAUGCAAUUUUCGCUUUUGUAAUCUUUUUUAUAUAUUUCUGUGCGGAAGCGGACACAUUUCAAGAUGAUGCAACAAUACAUUAAGGAGCUGGAACAGAUGCUUAUCUUAUGGAUCAGGAGCGAAUUUUCGCGAGAGAAAAGUGAUCAGAGCCCCUAUUUCCACAAGCAAGACAACUAGAAAAUGUCGAUCGAAGACUAGAUCUAUAAGUAGAGGGUUUUGUUGACCAAACCAGGUCGACACCUAAGCAAAAACCAUCUGUUCUAAGGAAAGCUGUUUUUGCUAAUUUUUAAACCGUUUUUCAAGGAGCCAUUUGAUGCUGAAGAGUUUGUAGAGCGGCUGGCCUGGAGAACGAUUGCCGAAACCAAAACAGAGGGCGAUGAAGGAGAUAUAAAUCCUUCGUUAUUACAUGACUCGUUUGUGCAGGCAAUCAAAGAUUUGACUCUGUUGCAAGAACGCCAACAGAAAAAGUGCGAGAGACUGGAGUCAGUGGUAAGGGAAGAUGAGGCGAUGUUUUUUCAGGAAAUCUACACCUUGCUGGAACAAAACAAGCAAUCAAUUGAUACAUUCCAAGAGCUGGACAGCAAGAUUAACCAUGUAGCCACUAAGGUGCUUCAUCUUGGAGACCAACUGGAUAGUGUUAAUGGCCCUAGAGCUCGCGUGGUCGAUGCCCAUAAGCUGAUGAGCCAUUUGAGCGAGUUCCUGUCUAAUGGGCCGCUAACUAGCUCCAUAUUCAACGAUCCUUAUCGAGUCGACGAAGCCGCCGAUGUAAUUCAGAAGCUGUUUCUGAUCUCCCAAGAUUUGCCUUCGCCCAAGUUUGAGAGCGUGAAAAGGAAGAUCGAGCGAACCUACUCAGACAUUGAAAAAGCCUUGAUUGAGGACUUCGUAAGAGCGAUGAGUAAAGAGGAUCUAAUUCGAAUGAAGGCAAUUGCGAAUGUUUUAUCGCAAUUCAAGGGCUAUUCGCAGUGCGUGGAUGCCUACAUUGAUCAGAGCCAGAUGGGCUGCCUUCUAAGCAAGGACAUCUUUGCCAAUCUGCUUCCGUUGUGCAAACACAACUACGAGAUUAUUAAGGAGGUUUUCAAUAACCCGGAGCAAGUUAUGGCCAAGUUCGUUCUGAAUUUGUACCAACUGAAGCUGUCUGACUAUGUGGAGUCGCGGUUGAGCUCCAAAGUGGGCAGUUACGAGUACCUGCAGAUUUUAUACGAGCUGUAUUCCAAAACCAAUCAGUUUUCCAGCGAACUGAGCGUGUAUAAUCUUGGAAGUGAUCAGAACUACCUCACAAAGCUCACUACGAAAAUCUUCAAUAAAUACAUCAAUGAUUACAUCCAAAUCGAAUUGAAAUGUUUAAAAGAACGCUGCACGCACAAUUUGCAGAAAUACUACGACAGCAAAAGCCACCAAAAAAAGCAGAUACAAAGCGGCGGCUUCCAAGAUUUGAGAAGAGAUUUACAGGCCGUUAUCGGCACAAGAGCCAACAUUAAUAUUGCCCAAAUCGAAAACUAUGGGGGAGAGACUUUUUUGGCUGAAGAGUUGGCGAUUAUGAUAUUGCAAGACACCAAGCAUGCCUUUCUCCGCUGUCAGCUUCUUUCCAGGCCCGAGGACAAAUCGAGCAAUGCGUCCAAGAUAUUAACGACUUUAGUGAAUAGUUUGCUGAUCGAACACGUGGACUAUGCGGUUGAGCUGGGCCUUCAUGCUAUUCCAGUGGUCGAAGGCGCGAAGAAUCCACCUGUUUUGUAUUUCUUCACAAUCGUCCAUCAAUGCAACAAUAUCACCCAUCUGGUGGAGAAACAAUUCAUGGAUCUGGUGCUUCCUUUAAUUACGAAUACGCCAGUAUAUAACGAAUGCAUCCAAAAGAAGAAGUUUGUCUUGGAAGACAUGGAGCGUAAAGUGAACUUAGGGUUAGACAGAUGCUUAAAUGCGGUGACUGCUUGGAUGAAGCUGUACUUGCAGGCCGAGCAGAAGAAGGGCGAUUUUAAGCCAGAAACCGACGAUUUUGAUACAGUGGCCUCACCGGCCUGUAAAGCAGUCUGUCAGUAUAUUUCCAGUAUUAUAAAGCAAAUGAAGACUAAUCUGGAUGGGAACAAUGUAACGGCGGUUUUGGAAGAACUUGGGGUGCGGCUGCACCGAACCAUUUACGAUCACAUGUUGCAAUUUCAAUAUAACACUGCAGGGGCGAUGGUGGCAAUAUGCGAUUUAAACGAGUACAGAUCCUGCACCAAAUCGCUGGGUCCUUUGGUGAUUGAAUUGUUUGAAACGUUGCACGCUCUGUGCAAUUUGCUGCUGGUAAAAGCGGAAAAUCUGCAUCAAGUCUGUUCCGAGGAUUCCUUGGUAAAUUUGGAAAAAUCCAUCCUGGACAACUUUAUUCAACUACGUACCGAUUUUAAAACUCAAAAGUUAACAAUAUUUAAAGUGUAAGCAAAAUCAAAAUACGAAAAUUAUGUCGAAGAGUAUUUAAUUAAACUAAUAAUGUUAAUAAUUUUUGCCUGAAAAUAAAAAAUCUGGUUUAA